GGAUGGCUGCUGUUGCAAUCGGGUCUCACCGACGGACAGACACCUGUCGAGUAAAACAAAAACAAACCAGCUGCAUUCUACAUUUUGCUACAUUUGAUGUCACCUAAACCUCUUUAAUGGAUAUGUAACGUUAGGCGUUGGAAUAUUAACAGCUAAACAAAGUCGUGUUUGUCGAACUGGAUUAGCAAUCAAUUUCUCGGAGGAGUAUUCUUCCUUUUUUUUUUUUUAGCGAGAUAGCUAAACGUUAGAAGCUAGUCACGAGAACGGUAUAGCAUCCCGCUAGCUGUUGUUACCGCAUUAGCGACGUGAUCCAACGUCAGUCAAGCUAGCUACUUGUUGGCAGGUCCCAACCCGCCACAGUGUAUACUCCCGACACCCUAAAAGGAAGAUAGCAGAUAACGUUAGCGGACGCGCACGCCUCUGCCAGAACACUCUGACGCUAGCUCGUUGUAGCUAGCCUACGCUUGCAAGGCGGGACACAUUGAGCAACACUGGAAAGGAGAAUGUGACAACAAUGGGUACGGCUCUCAUCCAGCCAUCGUAGCUGCCGCCUUUGGCAGUGAGGUCAUGCGUGACGUGAGCUGUGCGUUGCUCAAGAGCAUCCUGCCCGCUUCAUAAGUGGCGAAGAGGUCGCUCAGAUCGCCAGUGGGGGGACUUGGGCUCGUUCGGCUGCGAAAUGCCCGGAAUGGUGGUGUUCGGUCGGCGGUGGGGGAUCGCCAGCGACGACCUUGUUUUCCCCGGCUCCUUUGAGCUGUUCGUCCGUGUACUUUGGUGGAUUGGCACUUUGAUCCUGUACACUCACCACAGGGGUCACUUUGAUUGCAACGGAAGACGAGUAGACACGAGCAAACCCUUUUGUCUACGGGUGGAGAUCUUCGCCCCGUUGUGCAAUGCGAGAAAACGUGUUGUCCGUGAUCGUUUCCCAGGUACCAUCACGAACCCCGGCCCGCGCCGCUCUAUCCCCGCUCUGGUGUACCUGCGCGCUCUCCUGUACAUUCCUGAGCUGGUGUGGGCCUGUCUGGGAGCGUUCUGGGUGUCUGAUGAUAGCAAAGGCUGCGAUCUUGCCACAGUGGGCGCUGUCGUCGCAGCAGUGAUUGCCAGCUGGAUCAUCCUGCUCUUCACGGGGGUGGGCGUGGUGUUUGUGUUUGACCCUCUGGGCAACCCCCGUACUCAGCCCGCCGCCAUGGAGCCCCUGGGAGUGCGGGACCUGCAGAGCACCGAGGGCACCCAGUUCUUCUCCACGGCUCGCUCCCUGGCCGUCAAAGUGUGGGAGAGCAGGCUGCGCCUCCUGUGCUGUUGUCUGCCGCAGGACGAAAGCCACCGGGCAGCGUUCUCCAGCAUCGCGCAGCUCGUCAGCAGAUUCUUCUCCGACACAGAUCUGGUCCCCAGUGACAUAGCUGCUGGUUUGGCUUUGCUGCACCAGGAGCAGGACAAGAUGGAGCAAAGCAGAGACCCGGACGACAUAGUGACUCACAGUCCGUCCUCUCCCAUAGGAGAAGAUUUGGAGGCCGAGCUAGAGAAAGCCUCUCACUGUAUGCAGUUUGCUGCAGCCGCCUAUGGCUGGCCCCUCUACAUUUACUCCAACCUCCUUACUGGGCCCUGCAAACUUAGUGGAGACUGCUGUAGGAGUCGUGCAGCGGAGUAUGACAUUGUAGGAGGAGACCACCUCGGCUGUCACUUCUCAUCCAUCCUGCAGAGCACUGGUUUGCAGUACAGAGACUUCAUCCACGUCAGCUUCCACAACCAGAUCUACGAGAUCCCCUUUUUCGUGGCUCUGGACCAUAAGCGAGAGGCUGUUCUGGUGGCUGUCAGAGGAACACUGUCACUAAAGGAUGUCCUGACAGACCUGUCUGCUGAAUGUGAGAACCUGCCUAUAGAAGGAGUGACAGGAGCCUGCUAUGCUCACAAGGGCAUGUGCCAGGCGGCCGGUUACAUCUACAGGAAGCUGGUCAACGAUGGCAUCCUGAACCAGGCCUUUUCUGUUGCACCGGAAUAUAAACUGGUGAUCACUGGUCACAGUCUGGGCGCCGGCACAGCUUCACUGCUGGCCAUACUUUUGCGCCCUUCCUUCCCCACCCUGCAGUGCUACUCCUUCUCUCCACCAGGGGGACUCCUGAGUAAGGCCUUAGCUGAUUACUCCAAGGACUUUGUGGUGUCCGUCGUGCUGGGAAAGGAUCUGGUUCCCAGACUGAGUAUUCCUAACAUGGAGGAUCUGAAGAGAAAGAUUCUUAAGAUUGUUUCAAAUUGCAAUAAGCCUAAAUAUCGCAUCCUGCUGCGAGGGUGUUGGUACGAGCUGUUCGGUGGAGACCCUGAUGACUUCCCCACUGAGAUGGACAACAGGAGGGAGGAGGAGCUCAGCCAGCCGCUGCUGGGGGAGGAGUCGCUGAUUAUUCGCCACUCGUCGUCCUAUCAGAGCCUGGCAUCGGACGACUCGCCUGCCCACAAGGCGGCCCACUUGCCCCUGUUCCUACCUGGACGCGUUCUGCAUAUCACAGAAGAUGGGCCGUCACGGAGAUCCUGUUUUUCCCAGGCCAGGUACCGGGCGGAGUGGUCCAACGAAAUGGCAUUCAGGAGUAUUCUGAUCAGCCCCAGGAUGCUCGCCGAUCACAUGCCUGACGCCGUGCUCCGGGCGCUCAACAGCCUGACCAGUGAGAGGCCCUUCUCCCUCUGCCCGUCGUCCCUGAACGACAGCCAGCACAAUACGAUCUGAGAUCGCACCGCACAGACUUGACUCCUUAUCCUGUCUGCGAAAGCCCACUUCUGUUCACGUCAGCCAUUUGUGUUUCUCCACGCCUGAUCCAGGAUCGUUUCAAGUACUCCACUUGGCCUAUAAUCCAAAACAUGUUGGUCCCAGGCCUUAUUAUUGUUGCGCUUUUCUAAAGCAUGUACAUUUGGACUUGAUUGUAAUGGAAAUGGAAAAAACACCGCCGGAGCAAAAGGACCUGCUUUUUAAGUUGCACUUUUAAUUAUUUAAUUUGAACGAUUUGUUUCAUUUAAGCUCGCUGUGAUUGUUCAAGAGCAAGGAGCAAAUAAUGCCAUUAUCAUUUGAAUGUGCGUUGUGAACAAUAUUUGACUGUGCUGCUGUUAUAGUGUAACGUCGCUGUUCUACAUCUUAUUUUUUGUGUCCUCUCUGGACUUCCUUGUAUGUGUCGAUGACUGAGGAGCAGCCUCGUCAUGUGUGUGAGGAUGUAGAGGUGACGUCGACCUCCAGACGUGGACUUGAGCUUUUACGUCUCCGUUGUAUCGUGACUUGUGGUUAGUCUGUCUUGUGUUUUAAUGUCUUGAGACAUCAGGGUGAACAGUGCCUAUGCAUCACAGAAAGACAAAAAAAAAUAGUUGGCAGAAUUGCUUCACAGGAAAGACUGAAGAGUGCCAUGUGUGUUUACAGUAAGCUGUCCUGCAUUUUCACCAAUGCAGUUCGAACAGUGCAUGGUGUUUGACAUAAACACGAUAGAUGUAAGUGCUAGAAAGAUGGUUACCAUUUUGUGGGAACCGGGUUACUUGCCAUGAAUAUAACAUUUUUUGUUUUUCUUCCGGUAAUAGAUUUAAGUUUGAACAAACUUAUGCCUGCAUAACUAUUUCACAUCCUCAAUGGAAUGCAUUGGGCUCCCUGCUGCAAAUAAAAGCUUCCUCUGAA